AUGCAGUCAUAUAACCCGCAAAAUAGCUUGACAGCAACUACCUCAUAUUCGGAACAAGAAAUCGUGUGCAUUUGUGAGUCUCUGUUCAACGAAGGACUCCAAAAUGGGCGAACGGAGCAGUUGGCGACAUUCAUCUACAACCUUCCACAAUGCUACCAAAACAUGGAAUCCGCACUGAAGGCUCAAGCUCUAGUCUACUUCACAACUCAAAACUGGAAAUCCCUAUACAGAUUGUUGGAAUGUCAUAAAUUUUCCCCUCACAACCACACAGUUCUCCAGAACUUGUGGCUUGAUGCUCAUUAUAAAGAGGCAGAGAAAACAAAAGAAAGAGAGUUGGGAGCAGUUUGCAAGUACCGUAUCCGUAAGAAGAACCCUUUCCCAAACACGAUUUGGGAUGGAGAGGAGACGAAUUAUUGCUUCAAAUCGAAAUCUCGAAAUGUUCUUCGAGAUGCUUACAAAAAAUGUCACUAUCCGUCAGUAGAUGAUAAGAGACGACUUGCUCAACAAACGGAGCUUUCGAUUAUUCAAGUGUCUAACUGGUUCAAAAACAAGAGACAACGGGAGAGAGCAGCUGGUCAGCUCGACGGAAGCUCUGCCCGAUCGAACGACAGCGACGAUGCGUCUUCUGGAUGUGAAUCGAAGCCACCGAUGAAUAUUGACAGCCCAGUACCUCCAACUAUUCCAAACACCUUUGAUAUUCCUCCAUAUUAUCCGUCACCAUACGCAUUUGCUGCUCCUCAAUGUGACUUUUCUUACAUUCAAAAUUUGUGA